UAAAUUUACAAUUUUGAAGGAUACAAAUGAAUAUUUCACCCUUGAAGAUUUGUGGUAUUGUUAUGAUAAAUGGAGUUCAUAUGGUGUUGGUGCUCCAAUUAAUUUAAAAGAAGAUCAUAUGCCUGUGAUUCAAUACUAUGCUCCUACAUUGUCUGCUAUCCAGAUAUACACCAUUAAAUGUCCAACAACACUAAGUUCAUGCAAAAACUUAUCAAGAGCACAUAAGGUUGAUGGAAAUGAUAGUGACAAGCUAUCAAGGACUUUCAACAAUAACUCAUCAAAUUUAAAUAUUGAGUCAAUGGAAUACUAUCCAAAAAAUCAUCUUGGCUAUCUCUAUUAUCAAUAUUCUGAGGUCGCUGCUGUCAAAUGGAGAUAUCCCUUAGUGGAUAAGGUUAUUGAUUUAAGCAAGAAUCAUCCUGGAAUUAUGACACUGAAGAGUAUUGACUUGGCUCCAGCAAGUUGGAUGGCUGUUGCUUGGUACAUUUUUCUAAUUUUUUAG